GGAGUAGGGUGGGCAGCAGUUACUGCUGCGUUUCCCCUGCUGCAGGCCUCAAGGCAUGAGUGCUGUGGCAGUUAUUUCUACAAAUGCUUUAAUGGAACAGCUGUAUCUAAAAUAUCAACAAAGACCAUGGACUGAAACUCUGAAACUUGUCCAUUUUUGCAUGGAUAAGCCACGUCCAUCUCCUGCCAGUAAUGCUCCAGAUGCUCCGCUGCUCUCAUGCAUGGAGAAGUUGCAGAGGACUCUAAAUGAUAAAUCUUUGUUUUCUGUGAUGAACAGAUUGGAAUCUUUAGCCAAACAGAAAGGGCUUAACUCUCAUGUUAGCCCCAGUGGGACUGCCUGCUACAUAACCUCAGACAUGUUUUAUAUAGAAGUGCAGCUGGAGAAGGAUGGAAGGGUGAUGGAUGUAAAGCUGGCUCACCUUGGAGAGGCUCCUGUGAUCUGUGAUGACUUGGUGCAGCACCUAAGGAUGAAGAACUAUGACACAUUUGGAAAGAUUCUAGAAGACCUGUCAAAUCUGUAUCAAAUUCCAGGAAACAGUGAAAUGAAAGCUAAGGGUUACCUUGCAUUGCAAUCUCUUGAAAAAGAUCUUUAUUCAAUGUCUCUUCUACACAGAUCACAGGAUGUAAACAGAGUUACUGAAGUACUUCAUGGAAAAGUAGGACACCUGGUGCCAAGAACUGGAGGAACUCCUAUGAACAUCGAAUUUUACAUUUCUCCAUAUCAAAUUUUGGAAGCAGAGCUCAAUCCUGGUUCUCUGGUGUGUGGAACAAAAGCAGUUGUAACUGUUGAAGGCACAGAUGUGCUCCACAAGCUUCCUCUUUCUCCACUGGUUGUAGACUCUCAAGCUGGAGAAGAUGGCAGCCCUACUUUUUUGCCACUGACCAAUGAACUCAGCAUGGAUUUGUCAGCUUAUUUUUUGUUGAAGUUUCAUCAGCCUAUUCCUCUGUCCUUAUCCAGUAUUGAAGAGAUACAGAUGCUCACAGGAAUUCAGAUUACUGCCUUGAAACUAGCUCCUUUGUAUGAGCUGAUUAUUCAAUCUGCCCUUAACGAAAAAGGCAGAGAAGAUUUGUCUACGCACAACUCCUGUUUCAUUGUGUCUCUUCCAGAUUGCCCAAAGCACUGUUAUUUCAUAAACAAGGGCCCCGAAAAAUCAAAUUUAGCAGGAGCCUUGCUGAGUAAAAUCCCAUUUACCCACCCGAAGUGUGUGCCUGCUGUGAUAGAGAUUCUUCGACAUCAGGUGGCAUAUAACAGUCUUAUUAGCAGCUGUGUCUCUGACAAGUGUCUAAGUGAAGAUGAUUCAGAACUGCUUUACUUUGAAGUGACACCACACAAGAACACCAGCUUUUCUGUCUUCUUCAUUCAUCCGACGAGAGAGAAUUUAGCCUGUGUGACUAUUGAUGUCGUAACCUCCAGAGAAGUCCAAUGCAGCCUUCAUUUACAUCCCGAAGAUCCAACUCUAAAUUCUAGUGAUGGCUUUAUAUCGAGAUCUGUGAAGUGCUGCAUGUCAGUCCCAGUUGUCAUGAGAGCUAUUUUCAGGAACGCUGCCAAGGUGGGAGCUGAUAGUGAAACACAAGGCACAGAAGUAGACACAAAACAAAAACCUGAACUGCAGCGUGAGCAAAUUACUGAUUCUAAUAGUCUUGAAGAAAGUCCUUCUGUAGCUGGACAGCAAGAUCUGGUUAAGACAAAUAAGGAAAGUGUUCCAGACAGCCCAGAACAAAGACUCUCUACAGCCAAACUGGAAACUCUGGGUGAUGAGAUGGAAAAAAGUAACACUACAGUCAGCACAGAAACUUUGUCCGGAGUGGAAGGAAGUGAUUCCACAGCUAGCACAGAAGCUGCAAGGAAAGAUAAGUGAAAUGCAUCACAAAAUCUAUUGUUCAAUAAUCAAGCAAGAGAGCAAUAUGUUCCCAAACAUAACUUGCUUUUGCAGUAGUAGAUGGAGAGAACUUGGCAAGCCUGCUGUCUACUUAAUUUCUGAAUGGAGUUUCCUGUUUAUGCACUACUACCUGCAUCCAAAUAAUACUCUUCAACUUGCACUUUUUCCUUGGUAACCAUUGGUUUUGUUUCAUCACAUUCUACUACAGGAUAGAAAAAAAAAUCUGUUUGAUUUAUGUGAUGCAGGUUAUAACACAACGAAUGCACUACAAACAAAGUAUU